AUGCUUCUAUUUCCAUUCAUUGAUGGAGCAGAAGGUUGCGCUGUUGUCUUGAAGGGCCAUGCAGGCUACGAUGUCGACAACGACAUAUUCUCAUUCUUGGGUUACGAGGCAAGCAUGACCAUGGCCUCCUCGAGCCCUCCGCCGCCGUACGAGUGGCCCAGAGCCAACAACCAUGCCGCUCAUAUGCAGCAGCAGGAUCUCUACGAGCAGCAGUCCGGAUCUCAGACACUGCUACCAGCGACCCAGCCGAAGACACCGCGAAAGAAGAAGUCUGCGUGGACAUCGACCACCGAGUUGAGAAGAGAUGGCGGUGCACAGCUUGGACAGCAGCGACAAGGCUGGCACAGCACGAAUAACAUUGUAGCGGCAUCUCACACGAAGCCUAUUGUUCGAGCAGCAGCAUGCUUGGAUACGGUCGCUGAGAGACUACACGAUGUUCUGUGCCGGGUUGACCGCGGUGGACAAGGCGAGGACCGUCUGGAGUCUCUUACUCGCGAGCUAUCCUUGGACGAACCGAGAUAUACCGUACCCUCAGAAGUCAAAGAGAGAUCGUCAGCUCAGCGAAAUCAGAAGGAGCGGACGAGGGUAGCCUUCAUCAACAUCCAAAAAUCCUGGAUGUACGCGAACUCAAGGCUGCCGCCGCACAUGCUUCCUUAUAGAGCGUACCUCGCUAGCUGGCAGAUCUAUUGCAAAGCAGCUGAGGCGUCUAGCUCUGUCUAUCAACGUCCGAAGACCGGUGAGAGGGAAGACUACGUGGAGGCGAAUUGGCGCAGAGGCACGAAAGCGAUGGUCCUGAAGAGUGUUGCCCAAGAUCACGACAAGGUCAUUGUUAUUGCCAUCAGAGGCAGCCAAUGGAAUGUUAUCGACUGGGCAGUCAACUUCACCGUAGACCCGAAGGUCCCAAGCGACUUUCUGGACGAUGAAAACCCGUGCCACGAAGGAUUUCUCCAGGUUGCUCGAUCCAUGGUUCGACCGGUGGCAGCCAGGCUUCGGCAGUUGGUCGAGCAGGAUCCAUCGCGGCAUACAAGCUCUCUAUUAUUCACCGGACAUUCUGCGGGCGGAGCGGUGGCGAACUUGCUGUACUUGCACAUGCUUUCGCAGAAGGCUGAAAUACUUAAUGGAGUCUUCAAGCGAGUUCAUUGUGUGACAUUUGGCGUUCCGCCGAUGGCAUUGCUGCCGUUGCAGAACCCAGCCGGCCACAGACAUAAGCGGAAUGAGUUCGUCUCGUUCAUCAACGAAGGCGACCCAAUCGCCAGGGCUGACUUUGACUACAUGAAGUCGCUCGCCAGCCUCUAUACCACAUCAGCGCCUGAGAGUUCUACCAGGGACCAUACAAAAGGUCUCCGGCAGAAGAUGUCCAGGCAGAAUCUCAAGGCACCAGCAGUUCAGCCCGUGCAGACAGGAGUACCUCCGAUCUGGCCUCUGCCCAGCGCCACGCUAUCGAACGCCGGCCGACUUGUGCUGUUGCGAGAGAAGCCAGGUCACCGGACUAAAGUGGAGGCUGUCUGUACGUCUGACGAGCAGCUGCGCGGUGGGUCUUCUGCUGUGGCGGUGAUCUUUGGUGAUCCGGUGAUGCAUCAUAUGGAGGUGUAUGAGCGCCGGGUUCAGAACUUGGCUAUUACUUCUGUUACUGGGAAGGAGGUUGGAUGA